AUGAUUAGCGAUGUUCUUAUGGUUGAUUUUCCUCUUUCUGAAUCACAAGCACAGAUUGAGUCGGAAUUUAAUCAAAAUGAGUCCGUCUUGCGAUCUUUCCUACUUCGAAUUCGUAGUCAAUUAGAACAACUUCACAGAUUUUUUAUCAAAACAUCAGAAAAUAUUGCCGAAACAAUAGAUUUAAUAUUCAAAGGAGAGCUUGGCAUUUCCACUGUUAUUAAACAAAUUUUUAAUCAAGCAGAUCGUUCAAAAGAUGGUCCGAUUGAAAGAGAUUAUUUUAAUAUGAGAAAAAUGAUUGUUGUUAGUACACUUGCAGGAACGUUACAUGGAUUGGACAGUGGAAAUGGACGUUUAAUUUGGACUUAUUAUUUGGGAAAUAAAUUUGCUGCCUAUAAAAAAUAUAAAGCUCCUUUAUUUCUAUUAAGAGGUACUUCAUUCUAUCAAUGGGCUAGUCAAGCUGCUGUUGUUUUUAAUUCCAAGGAUUCUGCUGAUUCUUUUAUUUUUAUAUUCAAUCCAAUUACUGGAAAAUUGGUUGAAAAAUUUAAAAUUUCUGGAGGAAUUUUUCGUGUUGAAUUAUGGCCUUCCGUUAAUGCUGAACAACUCCACUCUUUAUUAAUUUUGCGUAAUAAUAAUCCAAAUAAAGCAGAGCUUAUACCGUCUAUCAAAGACCAAAAUUUUGAAAAUUCAAAACCCGUUUUUCUUUGUAUGAUUGAUGAAAAUUCUGGAAUUUUGACAGGAAAUGAAGUAAAUUUAAACAAAAAUGGAUUGGUUAGUAAACGUUGGCAAUCUACUUUGCCUGGUUUUGGCGAUUCUGAAAGGGCUAAUGAUAUUAUCCAAAUCAUUAAAGGGAAGGAUAUCAACGAAAAAGUACAUAGUCAAGGUAGAGUUCUUGGUGAUCGUUCUGUUCUUUACAAAUAUUCGAAUCCAAAUUUAAUUGCAAUACUUUCUUCAAAUCCUGUCGAAUCUUUGCUUAGGAUUAAUUUAAUUGAUUCUGUUAGUGGUAUUUUGGUUUAUAGUGGAAAAUACGCGAGAGCAAAUCCUCCUUUUCAUAUGGUUCAUUGUGAGAAUUGGAUUGUGAUAAGUUAUUGGAAUGAUAAAGCAAGGAGAACAGAAAUUGGUGUUAUUGAGUUAUUUGAAGGACUUCAACAAGUAAAUUCAAGUGCCUUUAAUUCGUUAUCUGCUAGUGUAAAUUCACCCAUGGUGCUUGCACAAACUUAUAUUUUCCCUCAAGGAAUAAGUGCAAUUUCUACAACACAAACAAUGCAAGGAUUAACUUCCAGAAGUAUUUUGAUUGCUCUUCCAUCUGGAGGAAUUUUAGAAAUGUCUAGGAGAUUUUUAGAUGCUCGGAGACCCUUGGAAAUGUUGCCAGAACAUAGAGAGGAGAUGCUUAUUCCAUACAUUCCAGAAUUACCUUUUGCUACUGAAGAUUUUAUAAAUUAUAAUCAAACGGCCAUGAGAGUUCGAGAAAUUAGAUCAGCACCGUCAGGGCUUGAAUCAAGUUCACUUAUUUUUGUAUUUGGAUUAGAUCUCUUUUACACCCGUGUUAUGCCGAGUGGAACAUUUGACAUUCUGAAGGACGAUUUCGAUUAUGCUUUCAUUUUUCUUGUUAUGGUAUUUUUGACUGUUGCCAGUUAUAUUUGCAAGAGGAUAUCUCGACAUCAAAGUAUUCAAAAAGCCUGGGAAUGA